AUGUCUACUUUCAGUUUCACGUCGCUACGACGCCGCACGGCACUACCCGUCUGUGGGUCGCCAACUAUGAACUUCCGUGAUGGCGUGCGCGUCGCACCUUACGCGGCGGAGCUAAUUUACAUUUCUCUUCCCUGUUCAGCAGCAUCGCUGUCGAAGACACGGCUGGGUUUCGGUCUCGUCGUCCUCCAUGGUCUUAGGGAUGGUGUCCGGGAGCAGGUGCACGUAGAAAAUCGGUAUGAUGUGCGCGAUGGCACAGAACACGAUGAGGUGUACGAGUCCGCCGAAGUGGUUCGCGCUGAUUCCGAAGGCGUACGUCAGCAGCGACGAGAGGUAGGUGCUGACGUCGAGGCCGAGGAACUGCGCGGUCCACAAGAACGAAUACAUACUAGACUCAAUGCCGGGCGGGCACAACCUCGUCGCCAUGAUAAAUAUGGGCAGCGAAUUUAUCUCUCCAACCAGCUGCAACAGGGAGCUGUCGGUGAUAACGAACGCCGUGUCCGGGAUCCCUAG